GGGGGCGGGUCCGACCGGCGCAUGCGCGCUGCAUUGUUUUGACUGAAAAUGCCGUCGGUUUCGAAAGCGGCGGCGGCGGCGGUGGCGCUGAGCGGAUCCCCCCCCCAGACGGAGAAACCGACUCAUUACAGGUAUCUAAAGGAAUUUAGGACAGAACAGUGCCCCCUGUUUUUGCAGCACAAGUGUACACAACACAGACCAUUUACCUGUUUUCAUUGGCAUUUCCUAAAUCAGCGUCGCCGUAGACCCAUCCGAAGGCGUGAUGGAACUUUUAAUUAUAGUCCUGAUGUAUAUUGUACAAAAUAUGAUGAGACUACAGGAAUUUGUCCGGAUGGUGAUGAAUGUCCUUAUUUACAUCGGACCACUGGGGACACUGAAAGAAAAUAUCAUCUCAGAUAUUACAAGACUGGCACAUGUAUACAUGAAACAGAUGCUCGUGGCCAUUGUGUGAAGAAUGGACUACAUUGUGCCUUUGCUCAUGGCCCUCUUGAUCUUAGACCACCAGUAUAUGAUAUAAGGGAACUUCAGGCACAAGAAGCCUUACAAAAUGGUCAACUUGGUAGUGGCGACAGCAUUCCUGAUUUGCAGCCUGGAGUCUUAGCUAGCCAGGCAAUGAUAGAGAAAAUCCUUGGGGAAGAUCCCAGGUGGCAAGAUACCAAUUUUGUCUUAGGUGGCUACAAGACUGAACAAUGUCCAAAGCCACCUCGCCUCUGUCGUCAGGGUUAUGCUUGUCCACACUAUCACAAUAGUAGAGAUCGAAGACGAAAUCCCAGGAAAUUCAAGUACAGGUCCACUCCAUGCCCCAGUGUAAAACAUGGAGAUGAAUGGGGAGAACCUUCAAAAUGUGAAAGUGGGGAUAACUGUCAGUAUUGUCAUUCUCGUACUGAACAACAAUUUCACCCCGAGAUCUAUAAAUCUACAAAGUGCAAUGAUAUGCGACAAACUGGGUACUGCCCUCGGGGUCCAUUUUGUGCUUUUGCACAUGUUGAAAAGGAUACCAUGAAUGUAGUUAUGAUGCAAAACAGUGGUCAGUCAAAGCCUGGUGCUCACAUGUUCUCAGCAGAGAGUAUAGGAAUCACAAAUGACUGGAACUGCCAUGAUCCAAAUUCCACAAACAACAUUACAAAUAAUAAUGGGCAGCCUGGAAAUAUUUCCUGUUCCAAUAGUCCAACAGUUACAUCAAGCUCUGGUAGCAGUAGUUCCUUGUCUCCUAUUGGACCCCUUUGUAGGCAAAGAUCAUUAGCAAAUGGUGGUUUAUGUUCAGAAUCUACCACAUCAGGCGUUUCUUCACCAACUUCUAGCUAUCCAAAAGCACCAGGUUUUGAACGAGAGGAUCAGGCAAAACAGAGAAAUUUGCCUACUGAAAAUAACCAGAAAAUAAGUGAACAAGACAAUAAACAGAACCACCUCAGUGUGUUUGCAGUGGUUAACCCACUUGCUUCAAGUAUAACCUCCAGUAUAACUUCUAGUCUGGCUUCCAGUAUUGGAUCAGGUAGUUCAUCCCCUACAACUCUAUCAGCUAUCAAUGCCAAAGCUCUCCCGUUCUACCCUCCGAGUAAUACAGUUGAAUCAGUAAUAGGUUCUGCUUUAGAUCUACAUUUUAGUGAUAUAAAUGUUGCAUCCCUAGAUAAAGAACUAGAAGAUCAAGAAACCAGUGACCUUGGAAUAACAAGUCAAAGAUUACUGGGAAGUUCAGCUCCUGUCAAUAUUCCAGGUUCUCUUCCUCGUUCACCAUCUUUGCAUUCAUCAUCAUCUCUCUCAACCUCCCCACUCAGUUCCUUAUCUCAGUCACUAUCUCAGCCUCUUAUUCCAUCCACUAUGACUCCUCACCAACAGCAGCCUCAGCAUUUGAAAUCAGAACAUAAUGUUUUAGGCACUUCAGCUUCUUCCCAUAAUUCCUUAGGCUUAAAUGGUGUCAAUGGCAGCAUCUGGGAUUUUGUAACCGGGAGUUUCUCUCCUAGUCCUUCCCCUAUACUGAGCACUGGAACUGGCCCUUCCGCAAACUCAAGUGCUCAUGGCAGCGAAUUAGCUCGAGUCAGGCGGGAACUUGAUGAGGCCAAGAGGAAAAUCAAACAGUGGGAAGAUUCUUGGCAACAAGUAAAACAGGCUUGUGAUGCAUGGCAGAGAGAGGCUCAUGAAGCAAAGGAACGUGCUAAAGUAGCAGAUACUGACAAACAGCUAGCAUUACAGAAGAAGGAAGAAGUUGAAAAUAAAUUUAAACGGCUACAGGAAGAGUUUGAAAGGCUUGGUUUAUCCUCUAAAUUUCCUGUUCUGAGAAGCUAUGGAGACAUAGAAACCAUUCCUUUACCAAAGCUGCAUUCAUUACAAAGUCAGCUGCGUUUAGAUUUAGAAACUGUGGAUGGGGUGAUCUUCCAACUUCAUUCAAAAAAGUGUGUUGUGUGCCACGAACAUGAUCGUAGUAUCGUCCUGCAGCCGUGUCAGCAUUAUGUCCUCUGUGAGCACUGUGCAUCUAGCCAGCCUGAAUGUCCUUACUGCAAGGCCCAGCCUAUCAAGUGGUGACCCCCAGCCCUGGUACUCAAGGCUGUAGCUCUGUAUGAAAUGACAUCUGCUAUAUCAUGGUAACUAAUUAAGGACACUAUUUUAUGUUCCUAGUAUUUUAUAUAAAGACGGAUGUAGUAGUUCAUUUAUUAGUGACAGACUGAUCACAAUCUGGACCUCCAAGGAGAUAGCUAAUGGUAGUUUUUUAAAAAAAUAACUAUUAUUUGACUGCCUUUACAUAUUGACUUCUUUUUACCAACCAUGUCCUAAUGUUUCAUGGCUACCUUGAUCCUCAAAACCCUUAAAAACACACCCACAGAAUCAACUCAUUUGCUCAGUCCAUUCAGGUUCUCCCUCUGAGCUAAGCAUAGUUGAGGUGUCUAUUCUGAAUGUUGUUCAGUGGGGAAUGAUAGUAUCUCUCUGUUACAUGAAUAGGCAACCCCAUUGAAAAAUGUCCCUCAGAACAUUCUAAUCCAUGAACUUUUGGUGUGUGUGUUAUAAAUCAUGCCAGUAUUUUGGAAUCAGUCUAACACUACUGUUUACUAGGUUAUUAGAAGAAGUUUGAUUCUUGUGAAAGCACUUUGUUAACCAGGGGGUUUAGUUAGAGGUUAUGAUGUUGUUUUAAAUUGCUUUAAGCUGCUUUCUAGGUUUCAUGUUUUAUUUUUUUUUAAUAUACGAUAAUAUGAAGCUUUAUAUGUGUACUGUGAACUUAAAAUAUUUCAUAUCAGUUUAUUAUUGUUAAAUCAUAGUAUGGUAAAUAUAUUGUUAGAUUUCAUAUUCUGAAAUUAGUACUUAUUAAAUGAACAUUUAUCUAGUAGUGAAAAACUUGCCUAGGAUUUUUACAGUUUUCAAAUUAAGUGCAAACAGAUAGUAUUUAUAAGCAAAGAGAGUGAUUAUUGAAAGGCACAUAUACUUAAGCAUUUAGAUAGGUUUUUAAUUUUAUGAAAGGAACUAAUUUUCCUAAACUAAUAUGUGCAUUUGCACAUAUUCCAAUUGGAGUUUUGUAAUCCUAAUGAAAUGAUUUUAAGAGAGAUCUAUCAUGCAUUUAUAUGAUCCAUGGCCACUUUUUCCAAGUGCCUAUAUGCCUUGCAAAAGAAUUGAAGGAAACAGCUUACAUUUUUGUUUUGUUCUUUUAUCCCUUAAAAAUGUGCAAGACAAUUUGAUACUAACAAAAAUCCUUACCUUUCUGUAAUGAUAGCAAUUCAAUAUAAUAUCCUGUAAGGGAUGUGACACUAGAAUUUUAAAAAUUAAAUUAAACUACACAGCAAUGUUCUGGUGAUCAAAUUACUUAGGUCUUUAAUCAGGCAAUGGUGCUUUGUAAUUUUUUAGAGAUGUUGAUAGUCAUUCAUAUUUAACACUGACCGUUGGGAGUAUGCAAUUCAGGAGAAAUCAUUUACUGUAUGUUAACACUGUAUUUUGUUACUUUCAUAGAAUUAGCUUUUGGUAUAGGAAAAUGUUAACAAUGGUGGUUUUAUUCUACAAAUAUGAGUGUGACACAGGUAUAGCUGACAUUGAAAAGACCUUCUACUGUGUUACCUAAUUUGUAUGUUUAAUUAUUGUUCUCAGCAUAAGAAGUUCAUUCAUGCGACCAGCAAAGUUUAAUUUAAUAUCUUUUUUAAAGUCUCGAAAAUGAACAAAUCCAGGCUAACCACACCCUUUCAACUUGGGUGUCUGGCUGUGUGAAUCGGAACAGUUAUGAGAGCUGGGGCCUGAAUGGGAGGUUGGCCUAGAGGGCAGGCCUCAGAAGGUGGCUCACCAGGGACUAGACCCUGCACCUUUUUGGUCAGUAGGCCCCAGGCGUGGGUGUGGUGGAUGGAAGCAGAGAGGGGAAGGAGCUUGGUGACAAAGGAGACAGGGUUGAGCCUGGCCUUUUUCUCCCUCACCACAAAGCCUUUUCAAGCACAAAAGGUCAAUUAGAAGCCAGGGAGAGGAAGCUAGCUAAUCAAAGUCCUGUGGCAGUAAGCUGAGGGUACAGAUGGGGGAACGAAGACAGGAGCCUUUGUGCAUUAAGACCUGAAUAAGACUUGAGAGUAUUUUCUAAUGAGGAUUAACUCUUGUUCCUGGUCUGGACUUGGACAUCUUCCCUACAUAUUUGAGAAACAUUUGAGAAAAAUGGCUUCAGUUUACCCAGACUUACUCUAUUCUCAGCAAAGCAGGGUGCUGCCUCCAGACCAUUAGGUCUGGGUGGUGCUUAUCAUUAGAGUAUUUUUUUUGAUUCACCAAGUGGACACUGCGAUGGGGGGAAGGCCGGAAGAGAUAAAGUGGUACUUGAAAAAACCAAGCUUUGCUGUGAAUAUCAAUGGACUUCUAUACUUGUGUGGGCUUUGCCAAAGACUUUUAUUAAACAUCAAUAGCAUUUUUAAAAAGUGCAAAGUGACUAGGUAAGAAUUUUUAACAGUGACCAAAUUAGAAUGUAUUGUAAGGUAGUAUAUGAUGUUUUGAUUUUUAAAAAUGUUUUAAAACAUACAACUGAUUUUAGACAAUGGUUUUAUUAUCUCAAUAUAGAAGAAUGUGGCACCACAACAUUCUGCAGCUAUUGUGCUAACAAAGGUAACUAUGUGCUUAGUUUUUAGUGAAGGUUUUUUGUUUUUAAUUGUAGUGAGAUGAUUCCAAUUUAUAUUAAAAAAGUGGUCAUAUGCCUCAAUGCUUUUUAGUUCAGUACUUAGACAUUAAGUAUAUUUUUGUGCUACUGUUAUCACUGUUUAAAAUUCUUUAUUUUUAUUAAUAUUUAUGCACUUGUUUCUCAUUUUAGGCCUUUUAUUUGGCCUUUUUGGAGUAACAGGACAGUGUUUUGUUGUCUGUAAUUGACUUCAAAUUAUGAACGAGUUAGAACAAUUAAGCUUUAGAUCUUCAUAAGCUAAUGUGGUCAGUUCUUUUUGUUGAAUUUGGCUAAUUCUCAGGAGAUGACUUUAUCUCCAGGGCUAACAUUCCCAUGGUAUCUCCUUCACACAGUGAGGAGAAGAUAGGGGCUGGGCUCUUCCCAAAGGCCCACCAGAUUAAGAAGCACAUUUGGCAUAGGGCCUGGAUUUUCUGGUAGUAAACACCUGUGUUGGCUCUCUGUGUAGGAAUAAUCACUGAUUGUUUUUCAGUGAGAGAAGAGUUGCAGGUGUGUGUCCUUAUGUUUCUGUAGUGCUCAUCAUAGACUGAAAUUUGAGUUUUUAAAAGACUGGGAGGAAAAAGGAGGAGAGACCAAAGAAAUGUACCUAUGAGUGAAAUUCCCAGAGUAAGCAGCCUGCUCCUCUGUUACAUGCUAGUGUUCUGGCAAGUUCCCUGGGUGUGCUGAAUGAAUCAUUUACAUAAAAAAGAAAAAUGCUUUCUCUGUGCCACUUUCAGUCUAUAUUCGUGUUUCAGUUCCUUAGAAAUAGUGGGACCUCCACAAGAGCAAUUUCCAGUCUUUCCCAAGGUGAUAUUUUUAAUACUGGAAAGUACAUUUGUUACAUUUAGUGGAAAUAGGCUCAGAAGUGAAUAUUACAGGUUUCAUUGGCCUGAGUAAACCUGCUAAAUAGAAACUGUUUAACAGAUGCCAGACAGUUACAACAAUAUUAAAUAUAGUCUGCUCAUUGUUCCCAGUGCUAUAAAGUUGAAUCACCCCAGUGCUUGUAGGGAAGAACAACUCACAAAAAGACAGUGUGGCAAAGAACAAGUCAAGUUUUUGAAGUGAAUGCUAUUCAGGUCCCUGUGUUCUCUGUGGAUUGAAGUAGCCAGGGAGCAGAGGAGAUGACAGUGUCUCAGGGUGGGUUUCACAGUAAAGAACUCUUGUUCUCCAAGUGGAGUGCUGGUUUCUAAAGGAGCUUGAGCUGUGUGUUUAUAGAUAUGUUCAAAUUAUUCCAUCAUCAUUUUUGUUGCCUAUUGUCUUUCAACUAUCUAGUGUUAAAUAUUGGUAGUAAUAUUAUUGUCACAAUAUAUUUGUGUAACUGUGGUCAGCAUAAGACCUUAAUUCAAUAUGGACUUUUCAUAUGUAUUAAUUUAUGAAAGCCGCUAAUAUGGUUUGAGUGUUUAGAUGAGAAUGUUAUUGUGAAUGGAAUUUCCUUAACCCAGAAGGUAGUAUUUAUAAUGCAUAAUCAUUUACUUGUAAUGAAUUGUUUAAAAUUGUUA